AUGACGAUGGACGUCAGCAGCGGCGGCGAUGGCGGCAUUCCCAAGGAUUCGGCAGUGGUGGUCAUGGAGGACGUGCCGUUCGUGUCGGAGCCGCACAUGCACCGCGCCGCGCUCGCUAUUAUCGCCCUCGGCGGCACCACGGCCUUUGCGCUCAGCCUCGCGGCGCAGUUCACGCGGAUAUCGACGUAUUCGAUUCUCACGAAUCCCUGGGGAGCGCUGUACUGCAGCUACCCUCCCUCGGUCGCCACGUGGCUCGCCGUUGCGGCCAUCUUCGUGCUGCUCUUCACCGAGGCGUUCACGCUGCUGACGGGCGGGUUCACGUGGGCGCGGCCGCUGUUCACGCGCCACGUGGGGCGCGGGGAGAUGGCGCCCACUGUGGGCCGCCGCACGCACCUGCAGCUCGCCCUGCUGCUGCUCAACAUCCUCUUCUUUCUAGCAUCCGAAGCGCUCCUGAUCGCAGCGGCCGUGGAGAACUCGUUCCACAUCUCCUCCGUACCGUACUCCACCGACCUCAACACCAUCAUGUACUGCAGCACCGUCAACCAGGCCGUGUUCAUCUCUGCGGCUGUCCUCGCCGCUCUCUCCGCUGUUCUCAUGGUGGUUUACUAUAUCCUGGCCAUCAAGGCCAGCCAGGACACGUGGUUGCGGCACUAUGAGCCCGCGCCUAUGGUGGUCGAUAUGGAGGCGUUUGGCCGGGAUGCGCUGCGGACCACUGUUGCAAGUAUUCACGGGGAGAAUGUGGGGGGAGGGCGGAGUGGGAGGAAGGGCGGGAGGAAGGGGGGGAAGUCGGGGAAGGGCGGGAGGAAGAAGGAGAGUGGGGGAGGGGAGGGCGGUGCGGAGGGGGCCGGUGGGGAUGGUGGUGAAGCGUCGGUGCGCCGAGUGGCGUUUGCAACUCCCCCUGCGAAUUGA